AUGAACAGAAAAUCAUUGGGACCCGCUCCUCCGGCAAACUACUCGCUAAUACAAGACAUCGCCACCUUCCAAUCAUUGAACUCCGACCUCCAGCACUUGAACUCACAUCUCAUCGGUCUUCAAAAACUCCACGAUAACUUCACCCAGUUCAACGAAAGCGUGGGUGCUUUAAUCUACGGUCUCAAUCUAAAUGCCUGGUGUACCGAAUUCAGCGAGGCUCCCAACGAUGAGAAUUUCGCCAAUAAGUAUAAAGUGGACCAAUUGAAUUUGAAGAUCCGGCAAGUCGAGGAGAAAAUCGCGAGAUUGGAAGGUCGUCAUCAUCAUCAACAACAACAGCUGGGAACUGACGAUAGUACGAAUUUGACAAUAUUGAGCGAGGAUUCCUUUGUCAUGGAUCCAGUAGCUACAACAACAAUAGCCGCCAAGAAUCGCGGGUUUAAAAAACCUCAUAACGAUAAACCAGGCGACCCUGUUGCUAAGAUCUCCAAAGGAACUCGUCGCCAAAGCCGUAUUCCAACUUUAGCUAAUGGUCCAAGAAUCGGGUCAAAAUCCGCUAGACCAACCGGAUCACGUAUAAAAUAUCCAUCUUCAAGACUGACAAAGUGA